AGAAUUCCGUCAAACUUUAGUUUUGUAUAUUUUUUCAAAUAUUUUGGUGCGUUUUCAAAUUACAAGUCUUAUUGCUGCUGGCAUGCAACAAUGUUCAACACAAAUGCACAGAAUUGGUUUGGCAUGGGCCAAUCAGUUGCUACAGCUGCUCCACCAACCGCUGCUGGCAACAAUAUGUCCCAAAUGCUGAGCAAUAAUAAUCAUAAUGACUCGGCAAGUUCCCAGCCACAUCCAUUCAUGCGUCAACGUUCGAUGAGCAACGCAAUCACAAUGCGUCCACAGUCGCCGGCCAAUCUUCAAGUGCAAUACGAGGUGGCGGUGCCCUUUAUGUCCGGAUAUAGACACACGCCUUAUCAUUCACUAUGGGAUUUACAUCAGUGCUCAUCUACGCCACCCACAAGCCUUUCGCAUAUGGCGCGUAUGAUGGACUCCCUGAUAUUGGACUCACUGUCACCGUUUGCCUUCACCAAAAUCACCACCAGCAGUCGACCAUCGCGCAGCAAUGCCGUUAAGAAGCCGCCACCGCCAGCAGAAAAUGCCCAUCCACAUGCUCAGCAUCCACAUCAUGCACAUGCACAUGGUCAUCCCUCAGCAUAUCGGCCCAUCAAUAAUCUGGGCGCAAAUGCAGCCAAUGGAUUGGGUAUUGGCAGCGCAUUGCCGUUGCGCCAAAAGCAACGAUUGCCCACUCAAGUUUCCGAUACAGAGGUUGCACCACAGCCACGUUCCCAGCAGGCAGCAGCAGCGGCGGCGAUGCCAUUUCCCUCACAGCAACAGCAGGACAGUCGAUGGGUGUCGUCGUUGCGUCGCCGUGAUCCCGAGCUGCAGCCAACGCUGCCUUCCAUCAACAGCAAUCUGAACAGCAAUAGUCUCAGUCAGAGUCAUCAUGGCAGUGCUGGCAAUGUGGGCGGCAUCACUGCAAGCAGCACAGGCAGCAACACAGGCGUCGGCUUGCGUCUUGGGCGACCUGGAAGAGCUUCAGCUUUGACGGCGGCUGUGCGCAAAAGUCGUUCGGUGGAACGUUUGCGAGCACGCAAGAUGAGCACGACCACACAGCUGACGUUGAAGCACAAGCCGGUGAAAAAGAACUCGUUGGAUGAAAACUCGAAUUCGGACGAUCAGGAUGCGACCACAUCACUGGAGGACAAUUCUCAGGCACAAUCAACCAAUCCACAUAAUACGCCGCGUUGUUCGCCAAAGACAAAGGCCAAGCACUUCUCGCCGCUGGGUUAUGAGGGUCAUCUGGUGGACACGCUGGAGAAGGAUAUAUUGCAACGGCAUCCUUGCAUCAAAUGGACAGACGUGGCGGGCCUGAAUGAGGCCAAGACCAUAUUGCAAGAGGCAGUGGUGUUACCCAUCAUAAUGCCAGAGUUCUUCAAAGGAAUACGGCGACCGUGGCGAGGUGUUUUAAUGGUUGGCCCACCAGGCACUGGGAAAACAAUGCUAGCCAAGGCGGUGGCCACAGAAUGCGGCACCACCUUUUUCAAUGUGUCCUCGUCGACCCUCACCUCUAAGUAUCGCGGUGAGAGCGAGAAACUGGUGCGUCUGCUCUUUGAGAUGGCACGUUUCUAUGCGCCGAGCACUAUUUUCAUUGAUGAAAUUGAUGCUUUGUGCGCGUCGCGUGGCAGUGACUCGGAGCACGAAGCCAGUCGACGCUUCAAAGCGGAGCUUCUUAUUCAAAUGGACGGCUUGAAUGCAAGUCUGCAGGACGAGAAGGUCAUCAUGGUCCUGGCAGCGACAAAUCAUCCAUGGGACAUUGAUGAGGCAUUCCGACGACGUUUCGAGAAACGCAUCUACAUUCCGCUGCCCAAUGAUGAGACACGUGCUGCGUUGCUCAAGCUCUGUUUAAAGGAUGUCUCUCUGUCGCCAGAUCUCAAUCCCAGCAUAAUUGGCGAUGAAUUACAGGGCUACUCGGGCUCUGACAUCAGCAAUGUGUGCCGUGAUGCCUCCAUGAUGGCCAUGCGCCGUCUCAUCUCGGGCCGCACGCCGCAACAAAUCAAGCAGAUUCGUCGCGAAGAUGCUGAUCAGCCCAUAACGCUGCAGGACUUUCAGGAUGCCCAGCAACGCACCAAGAAAUCGGUGUCCGCCGAUGAUGUGGCACGUUUCGAGAAAUGGAUGGAGGAGUAUGGUUCAUGCUAGUUGUAUGAUUUAUGUGCUGCUGCAGCAACACAUUUAUAAUGUCCCAUAACAUACAUAUAUAUUUCUAACCCAUACAUAUGUACUUCCAAUAAGCGAUCCUGUUUUUUUUAAUUAUUGUAAAAAACAAGCGAAUACAUAUUUAGGCUCUAUUUUUACUUUAAA